AUUAUUUAAUCAUUGUACAUCGAUGGAUUUCUUUAAGGAUCCCUAUUACAUUUCUUACGUAAUAAUCAAAGUAACCAAACGCUUAUGCCCGUGUAUAGAAUGGCUUUAAACUUUUCAUUCAAAAGGAGGAGGAGGAGCAGCAGAAGAAGAACAAGAGGAAAUGGGGUCCUUCCAAUUUUAAUAAGGGAGCUCAUCUCUCAAUUUCAACAAAUGGGUCGAUCAAAAGCGGUUUCAUGAUGUGGAAAUCAUAAAGGGAAACCAUCUGUAUCGAACUGUGGAGUGAUUUCAAAAGGUGGGAACAUGGAUUCAGCCAUCGGGCAGCAGAGCUUUCGUAGGAAGAAGAUGACGAAGCAGUUGACAGGAAAGAGAGAUGACACUCCUCUGCAUACAGCAGCGAGAAAUGGGAAUCUUGGUUUGGUUAAUGCGAUGAUUUCAAGCGCAGAUGAAGAAGAAUUGAGAGAGUUAUUGACAAAGCAGAAUCAAGCGGGAGAGACUGCUCUCUUUGUUGCUGCAGAGUAUGGAUAUAUUGACGUAGUGAAUGAGAUGAUUAAGUAUUAUGAUGCUGGAACUGCUGGAAUAAAGGCGAAGAAUGGUUUUGAUGCUUUGCACAUUGCGGCCAAGCAAGGGGAUGUAGACGUUGUGAAGGAACUUCUCAAUGCUCUUCCAGAACUCAGCAUGACUGUCGACUCCACAAACACCACAGCUUUACACACUGCAGCAACGCAAGGACAUAUCGAAAUGGUGAAUCUCCUGAUGGAAGCUGACUCAAGCAUGGCACUAAUUGCAAAGAGCAAUGGAAAAACUACCCUACAUUCUUCUGCAAGAAAUGGACACUUGGAAGUGGUAAAAACUCUUCUUGCUAAGGAACCUGGAAUAAUUACGAGAACUGAUAAGAAAGGACAGACUGCACUUCAUAUGGCAGCCAAGGCAACAAAUUUGGAGAUAGUUGAUGAACUUCUUAAGGGGAUACCACCUGUAGUUAAUUUUCUGGAUACAAAGGGAAAUACGGCAUUGCAUAUUGCAGCUAGAAAGGGCAGAGAACAGAUAGUAAAGAGACUACUAAACUUCAAGGACACAGACACCAAAGUCAUCAACAAAUCCGGAGAAACUGCCCUCGACACAGCAGUAAAAAUGGUAAACACCGCCAUCUCCUCCAUUCUAACAGAGCACGGGGUCCAAAGUGCAAAAACCCUACAACCUGCAAACCCUGCACGAGAACUAAAGCAAACAGUCAGCGACAUAAAACACGAGGUACAUUCCCAACUCGAGCACUCUCGUCAGACUCGAAAACGAGUCCAAGGAAUCGCCAAAAAAAUCAACAAACUCCACAUUGAAGGCCUCAAUAAUGCAAUAAACUCCACCACAGUAGUUGCUGUUCUUAUAGCAACUGUCGCCUUUGCUGCAAUAUUUACCGUCCCUGGUGAGUAUAUCCAGCAUAAAGAUCUUGCUCCAGGACUUUCUUUAGGAGAAGCUCAUAUUGCACAUGAGACGGCGUUUAUGAUAUUUUUCGUAUUUGACUCUGUCGCACUUUUCAUAUCUUUAGCGGUUGUGGUAGUGCAAACAUCUGUGGUGGUUAUAGAGAGCAGUGCGAAGAAGAAGAUGAUGGCGAUUAUUAAUAAGCUGAUGUGGCUCGCUUGUGUUCUCAUAAGUGUAUCUUUUCUCGCGCUGUCUUUUAUUGUUGUUGGUCCUCAUGGGAAGUGGUUGGCUAUUGGAGUGACAUUUAUAGGAACCACAAUAUUGGCGACGACUCUUGGUACCAUGUUGUAUUGGGUGAUUGCACACAGGAUGGAGUCUAGAAAGCUGAGGAGUAUCAAGAAAUCUUCACUGAGUAGGUCAUUUUCGAGGUCAUUGUCUGUGAUAGAGGACGUGGAUGAGUGCAAGAAAAUGUAUGCAAUUUGAGAAUGUAAAACUCGAGUCUAACCUAUUUAUAAAAUUUUAGUGUAGUUUUGUA